GGAGGGAGUGAAUGAGGAGGGAGGAGAAGGUCUGGGCUGAGAGAGGACAGCGAGGCUGGGGGGAAAGUUGCUGGAGAAAGACACACCUGGAUGCUCUAGAGACCCAGGCAAGCAGGGGCCCUCUCCCUCCCAGUCACACAGCAGCUCAGGAGUCUCCCCGCAGAGCUGCAGGUGGUCAGGCAGACACACUCACGCGGCGCACACACGCAGGGCUGCCACUCCUCCCUCCGCCCCCUCCCCUACUUUCCCAGCCUCUCUCCCCCUUGCUUGAGCCGGGUAAGGGAGCCCUGAGCCAGCGUUGCCACUGAGGCCGGACCGGCCCCUCCAUUCCCCAGACAUGCUGCUGGGUUCAGGCUGGAAGAAGAGGACAGAUGAUAUUGGCAAAAUCUACGACAUCAGAGAGAAACUCGGCGCGGGAGCAUUCUCUGAGGUGUUUCUGGCCCAGAACCUAUGUUCCAAGAGACUGGUGGCUCUCAAGUGCAUCCCCAAGAAGGCUCUGAGGGGGAAGGAGGUGGCUGUAGAGAAUGAGAUCGCUGUUCUCAAGAAGGUCAGUCACCCCAACAUUGUGGCCCUGGAAGAUGUCCAUGAGAGCAGCUCCCAUCUCUACCUGGCCAUGGAACUGGUGACAGGGGGGGAACUUUUUGAACGGAUCAUGGAACGGGGCUCAUACACAGAGAAGGACGCCAGCCACCUGGUGGGGCAGGUCUUGGGAGCCGUCUCUUACUUACACAGCCUGGACAUCGUGCACCGGGACUUAAAGCCCGAGAAUCUCCUGUACGCCACCCCCUUUGAGGAUUCUAAGAUCAUGAUUUCUGACUUUGGCCUGUCUAAGAUCCAGGAAAGCAACGUCUUGGGCACUGCCUGUGGAACCCCGGGCUAUGUCGCCCCCGAACUCCUGGAACAGAAGCCCUAUGGGAAGGCUGUAGAUGUCUGGGCCCUGGGGGUCAUCUCCUAUAUCCUUCUGUGUGGCUACCCCCCCUUCUAUGAUGAGAAUGACUCGGAGCUCUUCAAUCAGAUCCUGAAAGCCAACUAUGAGUUUGACUCCCCGUACUGGGACGACAUCUCUGAAUCGGCCAAAGAUUUCAUUCGGCACCUCUUGGAGAGAGACCCCGAGAGACGGUUCACCUGUGAGCAAGCCUUGCAGCACCUUUGGAUCUCCGGAGACACAGCCCUGGACAAGAACAUUCUCAGUUCUGUCAGUGAGCAGAUCCAGAAGAAUUUUGCCCGAACCCACUGGAAGAGGGCAAUCAACGCCACAUCCUUUCUGCGGCACAUCACCAAGAUGGGACAGAGCACCGAGGCGGACGGGGAUGAGGGCCCCGCUGAACCUGUCCCUCAGGGAAGGCAGCAGAAAAAGUGAUAAGGCCUCCUGUCAAGUGGCGGCUCACUCAUCAAGAAAUCAUUUCACCUGGAGCUGGAAGUGCUGGAAGAGGAGUCCCCCUUUGGAUCUUAUGGACGUCACUCACAAUUUCUUCCCCGCCCGUGCCCCGACUGCCCUGGUUGUCCUUUCCUCUCCCACCCCCAAGCCCCACCCCCGUGCCCGUGCCUGACACCCCUGCCCCCCAUCUUGUGGUCUCGGCGGGGGCUGGGUUGUUUGGAUGCGUCUGAGGAGACCCCGGUGUGUGGAGAAGCCUCUGGCUAGAAGGGAGACUGAUGCUGCAGGGAGGGUGGCUGAGGAGCGCAGGAGGCCGGGAACGUGCAACCCAGGAAGCUGGAAGGAGGGACCGGGGCCUGAGCACUGCUCCCAUCCUGCUUCCCAUGGCCGAGGCUGCCUCUCUGCUUUUCUGAGUCCCGCUGAAAGGGAGCAGUAAAGGCUUGGGGACCCACCCCCUUCACAGGGGAGGCAGCGAAGAAGAAAGUGGACAUGGGGGAGAUCAGUGACCGAGGUUUGGGAACUAAAAAUCCGGGAGGGCCUUUGGGCUCUCGGGCGAGCUGUUUUCACACCCAGAACCUGCAUUUCUCCAGCAGUUAACACGGAGGGCGAAGGACUCAGUUGGUCUCUCAGUCCCCCUUAGCUCCAAGUGUGUUGCCUCCAUGAAUGGGGAUUCCUUUCCCUCUUCCUUCAGGCCCAGGGCAUGCCCGUCCGUUUGUCUGUCUGUGCUCCUUCCUGUCUCUAGCAGCCCUAGCCCCAGCAUUGCCAUUUCAUCGAGCAAAUAAAAUUACUUAAAAAA